GUGAAACACCGGACGCUAUAACAGGAAGAAGCUCCAGCGUAUCAACUACCAAAGUCGUCUGUUUAUCGAGCUUGGCAUGGAUACAUUUGAGAGUAACUGGGGUAAAACCGUAAGCUUCUGCACUGUUUUUGUUGUGGCGCUCGCCGCUGUUUUUUACUACCUUGAGAAUUCAGAGAUUGACGAGAUCCCAAGAAUGGAUCUGAACGCAAUGGAAGAGAAUUUCCGGAGGAAGAACAGAACGUGCUUCAUUCUCGGCGCUUCAGGUGAGACUGGAACGGCGCUGCUGAAGGAAAUAGUGGAGAGCAACAUCUUCUCCAGCAUCACUCUCAUUGGACGAAGACAGUUAACCUUUGAGGAUAAAGCCUAUACAAAUCUGGUAAUGGUAUGGCAACAUAUGUAUGUUGAAGAGUUGAUCGAAGCCGCAGAUGUGACGUUGAGCCCCGCGGCUGGUGAUCAGGUGCCUCUUCUGCUUCAGAGAGCCAGACAGGCUGAAGAUAGAGCUCAGAGAGCUGAGGAAGCCCUGGCCCGGGCCAUGGACGAUCUGCACAAACUCAAAUUGUUGGCACAAGGUUUAGUGCUGAACGCAGAUACAAGUCGUGGCCCUUCACGCUCAGGGGCCAUUGCUGAGUUGAGAGAAGAAGAAGACGAGGCCUACUUCAGCUCUUAUGGGCAUUACAGCAUCCAUGAGGAGAUGCUGAAGGACAAGGUGCGCACUGAGAGCUAUCGAGACUUCAUGUACCACAACAUGGACGUCUUCAAGGACAAGGUGGUGCUUGACGUGGGAUGUGGUACGGGAAUCCUCUCCAUGUUCGCCGCCAAAGCGGGAGCCAGGAAGGUCAUUGCUGUCGACCAAUCUGAGAUCAUCUACCAGGCCAUGGACAUUGUCAGAUCAAAUAAACUUGAAGACACCAUCACACUGAUCAAGGGCAGAAUAGAAGAAAUUGACCUUCCUGUGGAAAAAGUGGACAUCAUCAUUUCAGAGUGGAUGGGCUACUUCCUGUUGUUUGAGUCGAUGCUGGAUUCUGUGCUGUACGCUAGGGAUCGGUACCUCGCAGACAAUGGGUUGGUCUAUCCAGACCACUGCAAUAUCAGCCUGGCGGCAGUGGGGGACACUCAGAAACACUGUGACCGCAUUGCAUUCUGGGACGAUGUGUAUGGCUUCAAGAUGAGGUGUAUGAAGAAGGCUGUGAUACCAGAGGCAGUUGUGGAGGUGUUGAAGCCUGGGACGGUCAUUUCAGAGCCUGCAGUGAUUAAGACUAUUGACUGUGGCUCUGUGACUGUGUCUGAGCUAGAGUUCACUGUAGACUUCAGCUUGAAGAUAACGGCCUGCACCUUCUGUACAGCCAUCGUGGGCUAUUUUGACAUUUUCUUCGACAAGAGCUGCGGAAACAAGGUCAUGUUCUCCACUGCUCCAGACUGCACUAAGACUCACUGGAAACAGACGGUGUUCUUACUAGAAAGCCCUAUCCCCGUCAAAACCGGAGAGGAACUUCCAGGUCAAAUCGUAGUGCAUAAGAACAGAAAGGACCCCAGAGCGCUGCUGAUCACACUUGAUGUCGUUGGCCGGAAGCAAACCUACAGCCUCCAGUGAAGAAGUUGUUUUAUUGGGGGGAAAACACAUACUUGGAGCAAUGCAGUGUUUAAUAACUGAAACUUCAUAUUAAAAAGUUUUUCUACCAAAUGUCAAUCAUUCGUGGGUUGUACAUUUAGCCGAUAUUGUCAAUGUUUUUUACACAACUUGUUCUCCCUGUGACAAUUAACAGGACCUUACACUGAGUCAACAACUUGGGCAACUAAUGAAAGUCAGAUUUUGUUUUAAACCUCUUAAUGUUCAUAUAUUAGGGCCUGGAAGAAGAUUGAUUUCCUACUUGUUUGAAUAAUGACU